GGAAAAAGUGUCAUAAAAAAGUUCGUAAUUAUUACCCUUAUCAUACGCAACCCGCAAAAACCAAUUUCAAUUUGCGGUACAUUUCCAAAUCAAACCAACGGUCUCGAUCAUUCCCCUUCCAGCAACCCCUUCGUUACCGAUGAAAACCAAAUUCCACUUGCCAGUUGCCGUCCAUUUCGAAACCAACCAACGGUCUCGAUCCAUCCAGUUCUUCUCCAGCUCCUCCUCUUCCUCCUCCGUCGUUACUCCAUUUUAAUGGCUCUUCCUUGAAUUUCCAUUUCUCUCUCUCUCUCUCUUUUAUUACUUUACGUUGCCACUAUAAUACGCCAUUCAUUCAACCACCGCAUACUUGAUCUUUUUUUUUUUUCCCUUUCUUCACCAUACUCAUUUUCUCUCUUUUCGCUUUUCAUACCCCUUGCCCCGGUUUCCUUUUCAACUUCGAUCAUUGCUCUCUCGCCGUUUUUUCCAGGAUGGGAGGAGUUUACUUGAUCUUCGCAUGUGGUUUCGAUGCCAUUUAGGGUUAGCGAUGUGACGAGAGAGAGAUUGAUUGAUAUCUUUUCGGUUUUUUGGCAAUGUUUUCUCAUUAAGUUUGUUGUGAUUUUUGUUUGGAGUGAAAUGUGAGGAAAUGUCUAUUUCAGAAUGCGACUGCAAGAUGUAAAAUGUGUUAUAGAUUGUUGUCAAGACGUAUAGGUAAAAAUGGACCUAAGGAACUCCAUCUGAUUGCUUAUUGAGUGUUGUGGAAAUCAAUGUCUGCUCAAAAUGCGCAGCAUCAGAGCACCCGGAGCGAAGAAAUCCACGACUCUGACGGUUGCAGUGAAAUGCCGUCCUCUAAGGGAGAGAGAGCGUGGCCGUGAUAUUGUCAGAGUAAUUGAAAGCAAGGAGGUGCUUAUCCUCGAUCCUGACCUGUCGAAGGAUUACCUGGACCGCAUUCAGAACCGAACGAAGGAGAAACAAUACUGUUUCGACCAUGCAUUUGGUCCAGAAAGUACUAAUCUGGAAGUCUACAAAAAAAGUAUAUCUUCCAUAAUACCAGGAGUUGUUCAAGGUCUGAACGUGACUGUCUUUGCCUAUGGCUCAACUGGAAGUGGUAAAACAUACACAAUGGUUGGGACCAAAGAUGACCCUGGACUCAUGGUGCUCAGUUUGCAUACUGUAUUCGAUCUUAUAAAAAAGGACAAGCGGUCUGAUGAAUUUGAAGUUACUUGCUCAUAUCUUGAAGUCUAUAAUGAAGUAAUAUAUGAUUUGCUUGAAAAAUCAUCUGGUCAUUUAGAACUUAGAGAGGAUCCUGAGCAAGGAAUAACUGUUGCUGGGCUUAGGUGUAUCAAGGUUCGUUCUGCAGAUAAAAUUCUUGAACUUUUGAACUUGGGUAAUAGUCGAAGGAAAACAGAUUGCACAGAGGUAAAUGCUACCUCUUCAAGAUCACACGCCGUUUUGGAGAUUAGUGUGAAAAGAAAGCAAAGAAACAAAUAUCCAAAUCAGGUCUUGCAUGGGAAACUUGCACUUGUAGAUCUUGCUGGUAGUGAACGGGCUACUGAGACAAAUAAUGCUGGCCAAAAGUUGAGGGAUGGAGCUAACAUUAAUCGUUCACUCCUUGCUUUAGCAAACUGCAUAAAUGCGUUGGGAAAACAGCAGAAAAAAGGUCUCGCUUAUGUCCCUUACCGGAACAGUAAAUUGACACGAAUUUUGAAAGAUGGUUUAAGUGGUAAUUCUCAGACUGUGAUGAUUGCUACGAUAUCACCUGCAGAUGUUCAGUAUCAUCACACUGUGAAUACAUUGAAAUAUGCUGACCGAGCAAAGGAAAUUAAGACACACGUCCAGAAAAACAUUGGAGCAGUAGACACCCAUGUAUCAGACUACCAGCGGAUGAUUGAUAGUCUUCAGACUGAGGUUUGUCAAUUGAAGAAGACACUUGCUGAAAAGGAAUCUCAGCUCACUAGUAAACCUGUGGAAAAAGCAGCAGAUGAUGAGUUGUCUUGGUUGGAUAUCGUAAGUCAUGAAAUAAGUGAGAACGUUCAGGAAAGAAUAAACUUACAGAAGGCUAUGUCAGAGCUAGAAGAAACCAACCUUAAUAAUCGUUCAGAACUCCAACAACUUGAUGACAUUAUUGCAAAACAUCAGGCUCUUGAAAUGGAUGGAGCAAUCGUAGAGGAUUUGAUUUCCCGACGGCUGGUGAUUUUAGAUAACAUUCGCGACAAUGAUGAAGCAGGAAUUAAUUAUCAAAAGGAAAUUGAAGCAAAUGAAAAGCAGCGGUGUCAACUUCAAGGCAUGAUUGACAAUGCUGUUAGUAGAAAUGGGAAUAAAACCUAUUUGCAGAUACUUAGUCAGUAUAGACUGCUGGGAAUGGCUAAUUCCGAGCUUCAGUUAGAGAUGGCAAUGAGAGAUCAAGUCAUUCACAAUCAGCGAGAAUCUCUGAAAAACUUGUGGAACCUGCUCAUGGGACUGGGACUUGAUGAGAAGCAGAUAUUGCACCUUGCAGCCAAGCAGGGUCUGACAAUUGAAGGCUGGACAAUGACUUCUUCUCUGGGGCUUCUUGAAAAGCAGUCGGCCAAUCUCUCUUCUAGUAGAUCUACAUCAGUUGGCCCAUCUUCUGGAAUAGAGGAAGGAAGCCAGAACUGUGACUUUCCAUGUCCCGACUUCUCACCACCAGCAUAUUCAAGGGUGAGGAAUGUCGAUGCGAAGCCAAAUAUGUCGUUUGGUUCUCCUGAGAAUUAUCCUCAAGAUCCUUACAAGUCAUAUCUGGAUAUGACAAGUCAUUCUUUUCAUGGUGGGAGCUGCAUGUCAUCAUCAUCUAUAGUUGGGGAUUUAUCGAGCAACAGAAGGAUUAUUGACGCAGUGCCUUUUACUAAGAAAUUAUAGGAGGACGAAGGCAUAUAGCAACAUCUAUUACUAGAAAAUCAUCAAGCAACCCAAGAAAUGAAUACAUCCCAGCCCAUUCACGUGGCUUUAGAAUAAGCUUCAUGAAUUGCUAGUUAAAACAAGCACUUGGAUCUGGCAUGCUUUGCUCCAUUUUCUGCUGGCCAGUAAGGGUGCCCAUUGGUUUUGCUUUAACAACCCUCAUCAUGGAGGCUAGACCUCGGCUGUUUUGUAGGACAAAGACUGAUGACAUUGCUUUUUUUUUUUUUUUUUUUUAUAAAAAUCAACUGUAAAUGUGGAGACUUGCAGCAUCUUGUGACAAACCGAUAUGCUUUUUAUUGACUCAUAAAUUCCUUUUUCCUGUUCCAUUAGUCAAUAGGGGGAGAAUGGUUUGGGGCAACGUAGCUAAUCAGAAGUAAUAUUGGUGCUACUUUGCCUGUAUAUAUUCUAUUGAUGUAAAUACUCAUGUUGGACGGCGUGGCAUUUUUUUUUUAAUUGUAAAGUGAUUACUUAAUAUUUGUUUGAUCAA